AUUUUUGAAAAUCGUUAGGAGAUGUCAGUAUUAUAGUAAUGCCUUUGUAUGUUUUUGUACAAUUUUGCUCACACAAAUUUAUAAAUGAGCACUAAUUAUAAAAUAUUCCGUUGCUGUAAAGUAAUUGAUUGUAAGCAGGGUGCUGUACGGGCCGUACGUUAUAAUGUUGAUGGGUCAUAUUGCCUGAGUUGUGGUUCAGAUAAAAAAAUUAAACUAUGGAAUCCGAAAACUGGACUGUUGUUGAAAACGUACGGUGGUCAUGCAGAUGAGGUGACUGAUGCAUCUGGUAGCUGUGACAGCUGUCAUAUUGUUUCUUCUAGCCUUGAUAAAAGCGUAAUAUAUUGGGAUGUUUCCACAGGCCUGCCAGUACGCCGAUUAAGAGGGCAUGCUGGUGGUAUACGAUGUGUUUGUUUUAAUGAAGACUCUUCUAUCGCAAUAUCUGGUGGGAGAGAUAAUGCGGUUUUUUGUUGGGAUAUACGAACUCGUCGCUCAGAACCCGUUCAGGUAAUGAAGGACGCUCGAGAUUGUAUAACAACUGUUCUAACUAACGACCACAAAAUAAUCACAUCUUCUUUGGAUGGUUGUAUACGUCAAUAUGAUAUACGCGUUGGAGAAGUGCUUUAUGAUAAAAUCGGAGAUCCCAUAACAUUUUUAAAAUUGACUCGAGAUGAACAAUGUCUUGUGGCAGCUUGCCAAGAUAGCACAGUUCGUCUCAUUGAUUGUGAAACCGGAACUUUAUUAUCAGAAUAUAAAGGUCAUAAAGCGGAAGAUUUCCAUAUAGAAUGUGGUAUUAUGGCAAAUGAUGCACAAAUAAUUUCAGGAACUAGCGAGGGUUGCGCUAUAGUUUGGGACUUACUCGAUGGGAAAAUUUUACAGCAUAUUAAAUUAAGUAGCAACGGAGGAGUUGUUAAUUCCCUGGAUACUCAUCCUAGCGAAAAUGAAUUGGUGUUGGCUCGUCGAAGAGAUAUCUACGUAUAUCGUACAGAUUUUAAUGAGGAAUAGCCCGAAGCCCUUGUUGUUGUUUUAACAGUAACAGAAAGCCUGGUAGCUAAUGCUGUAAACAUAUUACUUUAUAAUUUUAAUUUUAAUUUAAUAAAUAAAUAAUAAGAAUAAUACUUAAAUGAAGAAGCAGUUACUACCGAAACUAUUUAAAAAAACAUUCUGCUUAAGUUUUCUACCAUCAAACGUCGUACGUCAAUUUUAUUUGACACUUGUGAUAUAAACAGCUGCAGUAUAAAAACAAAGAAGUAAUGGAACGCGUAAUAGCUUAGACCGACGGUGGCGUUAAUAGGGAUUCACGGCUUCAUUUAAAAUUAUCUCAGGAAUCAAGUGCAACUAUGUGUUUGGUUGUAUCUACACAAUGUUGCCAUUGAUAUUUUUGCUUACACACUUUUUCACACAUCCGCGUUAUCAGUUACCAUUUUUCAUUGUUUAAUAAACCAAAGCCAAAAACCAACAAAUGCAAAUAGCUCAUAUAUCUAUAAUUAACAUUAUUCAACAGUGUUUUUAAGUUAUUUUAAUAAAAAUUAUAAUUUUACUAUGUUUAUUUUGUAAAUGAUUUCAAAAUGUACUGCUUGGCAACAUUGUGAGAGAGCACUCAGCUGACAGGGUUUUACGGGAUUUUUCAAAUA